UCAGGCUACAGCCAAAGGAUUGUGUCGCAGCGUCUCCCUGCUGAGGCGCUGACAGAGCAUCUGUUGGAAUACAAGUUCACUCUGACAACCUGCUCCAUCUUCGUCCCCGCCACACCGCCCAGGAGCGACCAUACGGAGCAACUGAACGUGUAGAUGGAGUUUCAAUCGCUGUCGUGACUGUUUCUCCACCGCCUCUCACCCCUGCAGAAGACUGCGUUCAAGUUGCAGCAGCAUCCACACCACCGCGGCUCUCUCCUCUCGCAGUCAUGGGAACCGUCCUCUCUAUAUCCCCGGCGACGAAGAAGGGAUCUAUUAUGGACUCCGAGGUCGCGGGAGGCAAAAACGACAAGAGCCUCAAGCGGCACUCGAUGUUUGUCUCUCUCUCCUGGAAGAAGCUGGUGACCAGUUCAGCCAAGAAGAGUGCCAAGAAAGUGACCCCGAAUCCGCUGCCUGCCCCGUCCAGCCAGGUGGCUCAGCUCAACAUCGAAAACGCCAGGAAGACGCACCAAACCGAAGAGAAGAAACCAAAAGUGCCCAUCCCGGUGCCGGUGCCCACGGUCCCCAAACAAAACGGCGAUGCUGCCGUCCAAAACGGGAGGCUGUCCACGGUCCAGAAGCAACCCAGCAGCCUGUCUCUGGUGUCACCGAGGCGGAUAGUCAUCCAGGCUUCAACCGGGGAGCUGCUUCGCUGUUUGGGGGACUUCAUGUGCCGCAGGUGUUUUAAACUGAAAGAGUUAAACAGCGGGGAGGUGAUCCUCUGGUUCCGAAACAUUGACCGGACUCUUUUGAUCCAGGGCUGGCAGGACCAGGGCUUCAUCACGCCGGCCAACGUGGUGUUCGUGUACCUGCUGUGCGAAGACACGAUAGCGGACAGCGUCGACAGCCCGGCCGAGCUGCAGGGCACCUUCCAGACAUGCCUUUACCUCGCCUACUCCUACAUGGGCAACGAGAUCUCCUACCCACUCAAGCCGUUCAUGAUCGACUCGAACAAGGACGUUUUCUGGGAUACGUCGCUCCGGAUCAUCGACAGGAUGAGUGCCAAAAUGCUGCAGCUGAACGCAGACCCGCACUUUUUCACCGAGGUCUUCCAGGACCUCAAAAACCAACGAGACAGCAGCGAAGCGAACCUGGACCGCUGAAACAAACAAGACACUGGUGUUUUUUGUUUUUUUAAUUUAAAGGAUUAAAUGUUUUAUGCAAAAUCACAUAAAACGGUGGUUUUGAAUGUAAAGGCCAGCGUUGAAGGCACCUCACGUCUGGGCUGAAUAUCUCUCUAAUGGUGUUACACAACCGGUGUUUAGGCUACAGUGUAGGAGAUUUCAUACAUGCAUGCCAAUGGUGUAUUGUCCUCUUUUGUCUUGCCCCUUGAAUGACCCGGGGAUUUGACUUCGUGGUGCAAAUCACAAUCCCCACAAGUCCCCGUUUCGUUCACGGUGAGCCUACUUGCCGGGGAAGUGGGUGGAUGUCGCAGUGAGGUGAGGUGAGGCAGGACCAGAAUAGAUCCGUGUUUUUGUGGAGGAGUGGGGAGGCGGAGCUGUCCGAGGUGCUGACCUGUUCGGCCAUUUCUUCUCCGCUCCCUGCUAUUUUUGAGUCACUUUGCCACAACAGAGCCAAGCGUGGCUUAAGAGGACCAGAGUCAGCCCAAUACACCUUCAGCACAUAAGCCUAAGCCUUGUAAGAGGAGGUAUAGAGUGGGCUAAAUUGUGCUUUUUUAAAAUUCCCUCACCUGCUGAUAGUUAAGCUGUAAGACAUGCAACAGAUAUCUUUAAGAGGACGUGUUACUUGGUUUAACUGUGGAUUUUCCUCUAAGGGUAACAGAGUUGAAAAGCUAUAGUUUCCGUCUGCAAAUCUUGAUUGGGUACUGCAGAAAAGCACCAUGCUGUGUAUGGCUAUCUUCAUACCUGGGAUAUAACUGUUUUCUCAUCUACUUUUGUGUGAUUAAAAAGCACCAAUUUCUUCAUAUAAACCACCUGACUUUGAAUUUUUUAAUAUCUUCUGUUUGCCUACCGACGUGAUGCUGUAGUGGUGUAUCUGUAAGUGGGCAGUUGGUUCAAGAUGAAGAUGAGGGAAAGCGGCAUAAAUGUAAAGAGGAGGGAGUAUCUCCCCCCCCUGGAAUGUAUAUGAUAAACUGCACUAAAUGGGCCCAUAGCUGGCCAUAUAGCAAGGUUAUCAACCCAAGACCUCUGUUGUGUAUUGCUUUCCAAUACAUUGCAGAUGCCGACAUAGAGACUGAAAGGAAUGUACAGUUUUUCAAGAGAUUUUUUUUAAAUCUCAUAUGUGCCAACUGAAAUAUUCUUGGCCUGAAACUAUACGGUUUACAUGUACAUAUCCCACGCUCUUUAUUUUUAUUUUUCUCUGCCUUUUUUUGGAGGCGACUGUAUAUGAUGUCGGUCGAGCACAACAAACAACAAAUAGAGCUUAAUGGUCAAAUCGUAUUCUUGCCCUGCUCUGUAAAUGUGCUGUGGGCCUCAGUUUGCUGGGUUCAGUUCACUUUCAGUGUAGUCAAUUCAGGAAGGAUCCUCAUAAUGUAAAUAUUGAAUGUAAAGGUGUCAUUAAGAAGUGACAGAAAAUUAUAAUUUGCACUCUCCAUUGCAGUUUCUAUAAGCUAAAAGUGAUUUGGGCAUACCUGUCAGUUGUUAUUCAGCAUUAUGCUCCUUCUAAGUGAUCAUUGUGCCGUGGUGUUGUGAACUCAUUGCUUGGAAAGUGAAAUAUAAUGCUGCUAUUUUUGCACAGCUGAGAACAAACCCUUGAUGUUUUGCACAGUGGUAUAACAUGUCAUGUACCAGUGUUUCCUGUCAGUUACUGGAGUGUUUGCCAUUAAGUUUGCUGUUAAUGUCACCAAGUCUCGCUCUAGGAUGACCAUUUGUGAAUUAGAUCUUUUGUACAGUUACAUUUUCCUAUAUAUCAGCCAUGGAAAGUGAUAUUUAGAUGUGUGUGUGUUGUCUGUGGUGUUGCGCCACAGUUGCAUUCACUCUCUCUAUAUGUUAUUAAAAGGUCGAUGCAGUUAUUGUUUAUGGUGAUCAUGAUGAAAUAAAUCCAAAC